CCGGAGCUGCGGGCUGCGUGGCCGGGAUGAGCGCCAGCACGGGCGGCGGCAGGGACAGCGGCAGCAGCGGCAGCAGCAGCAGCUCACAGGCCUCCUGUGGGCCCGAGUCCUCGGGCUCCGAACUAGCCCUGGCCACGCCAGUGCCUCAGAUGCUGCAGGGCCUUCUGGGCUCCGACGACGAGGAACAGGAAGACCCCAAGGACUACUGCAAGGGCGGCUACUACCCUGUGAAGAUUGGCGACCUGUUCAAUGGGCGGUACCACGUGGUGCGCAAACUGGGCUGGGGCCACUUCUCCACCGUCUGGCUCUGCUGGGACAUCCAGCGCAAGCGCUUUGUGGCCCUGAAAGUGGUGAAGAGUGCAGGGCAUUACACGGAGACAGCUGUGGAUGAGAUCAAGCUCCUGAAAUGUGUCCGGGACAGCGACCCCAGUGACCCCAAAAGAGAGACCAUUGUCCAGCUCAUUGAUGACUUCAGGAUCUCAGGAGUCAAUGGAGUCCAUGUGUGCAUGGUGCUGGAGGUGCUGGGCCACCAGCUCCUCAAAUGGAUCAUCAAGUCCAACUACCAGGGCCUGCCCGUGCCCUGUGUGAAGAGCAUCGUGAGGCAGGUGCUGCACGGCCUGGACUACCUCCACACCAAGUGCAAGAUCAUCCACACGGACAUUAAGCCCGAGAACAUCCUGCUGUGUGUGGGGGACGCCUACAUCAGGCGCCUGGCCGCCGAGGCCACUGAGUGGCAACAGGCAGGGGCGCCGCCCCCCUCCCGCUCCAUAGUCAGCACUGCCCCCCAGGAAGUCUUGCAGACCGGUAAGCUGUCCAAAAACAAGAGGAAGAAGAUGAGGCGCAAACGGAAACAGCAGAAGCGGCUGCUGGAGGAGCGGCUGCGGGACCUGCAGAGGCUGGAGGCCAUGGAGGCCGCGGCCCAGGCUGAGGACUCCGGCUUGAGACUAGACGGGGGCAGCGGCUCCACCUCCUCUUCAGGCUGCCACCCGGGGGGCGCCAGAGCAGGUCCCUCCCCAGCCUCUUCCUCCCCUGCCCCGGGGGGCGGCCGUAGCCUCAGCCCUGGCUCACAGACCUCAGGCUUCUCUGGCUCCCUCUUCUCUCCUGCCUCCUGCUCCAUCCUCUCCGGCUCAUCCAAUCAGCGAGAGACCGGGGGCCUCCUGUCGCCUAGCACACCAUUCGGUGCCUCGAACCUCCUGGUGAACCCCCUGGAGCCCCAAAAUGCAGAUAAGAUCAAGAUCAAGAUCGCAGACCUGGGCAACGCCUGCUGGGUGCACAAGCACUUCACGGAGGACAUCCAGACUCGGCAAUACCGGGCCGUCGAGGUGCUGAUCGGCGCCGAAUAUGGCCCCCCGGCAGACAUCUGGAGCACGGCCUGCAUGGCCUUCGAGCUGGCCACUGGUGACUACCUGUUCGAGCCGCAUUCUGGAGAAGACUACAGUCGUGAUGAGGACCACAUCGCUCACAUAGUGGAGCUUCUGGGGGACAUCCCCCCAGCCUUCGCCCUCUCAGGCCGCUAUUCCCGGGAGUUCUUCAACCGGAGAGGAGAGCUGCGGCACAUCCACAAUCUCAAGCACUGGGGCCUGUACGAGGUACUCAUGGAAAAGUACGAGUGGCCCCUAGAGCAGGCCACACAGUUCAGCGCCUUCCUGCUGCCCAUGAUGGAGUACAUCCCCGAAAAGCGGGCCAGUGCCGCUGACUGCCUCCAGCACCCCUGGCUCAACCCCUAGGCCCGGCUACGGCUCCACCUCCAGCUCUCUGUGCCUUGAGGGAAAAGCGGGACAGCUCCCACCACCCUGCUGGGUGCCAGCUCUCCACAACCACAGGGCAGAG